AUGCCGGGACCUCUGCCCUCCCCUUACCCUCCUGGGCUGGCCGACCGCUUGGUUUCGGCCUCAGUCGCCUGCUGCCUGAGCCCGCUGCUCACUUUAUCCGUGUGGCUUCUGGCUGUGAGCCUCACAGCGGAGGCGACCUACUACCGGCACCACCGCUACGUCCCCCACUUCUACCGCUACCGGGAUCACUCUGCCAACACGGAAAACCUCCUCCCCGAGGUCGCCAACCCAGAGCCCGUAGUCCCGCAGCCCGGCAUGCCGACUUACCCCGAGAUCCCCGAGGUGUUCCACCCGGAACCCGAAGUCAUCCACCCCAUACCAGAGGCGUUCCACCCGGUGCCCGAAGUCGUGCAUCACGCCCCCGAGCCUUACCAGCUACCUGAAGUUUUCCAGCCGGUGCUCGACGCCUCCUCCCCUGUCAACGCGAGCCGGGUGUUCUAUGGGAUCAUGUUCGACGCUGGGAGCACAGGCAGCAGGAUCCACAUCUAUAAGUUCAUCCAGAAAGACCCUGUUGAACUGCCAGUCCUGGACAAUGAAAUGUACCACGCAGUGAAGCCUGGUCUGUCUGCUUAUAAGGACAAACCCAAGGAGGGUGGCAACACCAUCCGACAGUUGCUGAAGGUUGCCAAGAAGACGGUGCCAGAGGAGGACUGGAAGAGGACCCCAGUGGUCCUGAAGGCCACAGCGGGUCUGCGUCUGUUGCCUGAAGAGAGGGCCAACGCUCUUCUGAAGGAGGUGCGAGAGGUAUUUGACGAGUCCCCUUUCUUCGUGCCAAACAACAGUGUUUCCAUCAUGAAUGGAGCAAAAGAAGGAGUCCUUGCCUGGGUCACAGUGAACUUCCUUACAGGUCACUUGUACUCCAACACAAGGAGGACGGUGGGCAUCCUGGAUUUGGGUGGAGGAUCUACACAGAUCACUUUCCUUCCCAAGUCAAAGAAAACGGUUCAGUCGGCUCCUCCCACUUACAUUGCUCAAUUCAACCUCUUCAAAAACACGUAUCAAGUCUACACGCACAGCUACCUUGGAAAUGGACUGUAUGCGGCUCGACUGGCAACUCUUGGAGCACUCGGAGCUGGAGGGCUGGAUUGGAAAGUCUUCACUAGUUCAUGCCUCCCGAAAAAGUUCAGAGAAGAUGUGACUUUUGGAGGAACCACCUACAAAGUUAGCGGGAUUACAGAUGGCUAUGCAGGAUACAAGCUGUGCUACUAUGAGGUUAUGAAGGUAAUCAAAGGAGUAGUGCACCAGCCUUAUGAAGUGAAGGGCAGCAGUGUCUUCUAUGCCUUCUCCUACUACUUUGACCGAGCGGUGGAGUCCGGCCUCAUUGAUGGCAGUCGAGGUGGUGCGAUUGAAGUCAGGGAUUUUAAGAAGAGAGCCAAGGAAGUGUGCAACAAAAUGACCAAGUACCGUGCUAUCAGCCCCUUCCUCUGCAUGGAUAUGACAUAUAUCACUUGUCUGCUAAAGGAGGGCUUUGGCUUCAAGGACAACACUGUGCUUCAGCUAGCCAAGAAGGUGAACAACGUGGAGACCAGCUGGGCCCUGGGGGCAACCUUUGACUACUUCAGAAACCUCAACAUCCACUAGAGACAGCUCGCUGUCACUGCAGCCAGCACUGAGAGGGACAGUGUCACUGUGGGGCUUCCCGUCCUCUGUCCGCCCUCGAUCAGCACGCCCCUCCUCUUCUCCUGAACCACAGCACCCUGCGAACACUCCCGAGAACUGUUGAAAAAAAAGAAAUCACUAUAUUUUUACAAGGCCAGCUAUUUCUACUGUAUGUUGAGCUAAUAACUGGUGGGCUGACUUUAUUUUUGUAAAACGUUUACAUUUUUGAUUCCUCAUGGGUGUCUGAUCUGAAAAGUCUUCCUCACCUACCUGUUAAGUGUGCACAGGGUAGUCUAGAAGCAAUACAACCAAUCAUGGUGUGUUGGUGCUUACUGUGGUCCUGGUGUGCACUGUACAGUACAGUGGAAUUCAUUUAGAGACUAGUUGCUGGAAGUGCAACCAUAGUUGUCUUUCUAAAUGCAUGUAAAUCUUUUUUUUUUUUCAUUCUAGCAGUAAAUAUUUAUACAGGACCCUAACCCUAAUUAAUUUGCCCCUAGCCAUCAUUGGAAAUAGAGCAGUUGGCGAUCAUACAGCUUCUUUUCUUCAACUUUGCACAUAACACUUUAAUUGCAGAUAUUGUAGCUAAGAAUGAUCUGUUGCUUUGAUGCCAACUGAAGAGUUGUACAUAUUCAAGUAGUGUUGGAUUCACCAUGACUGAAGGGGGGCAAGGAGAGCGCUGUGGCGAGAUGCCACUCACAGACUGUUGUAUACAUAGCUGUUACAUGUAUGAGGUUAAUGCCUGUAGUUUUAAGGUUCAGGCAUUAUUGUUUGUUUUGUCUAGAGGGGAAAAGAGCUUAUCAAGCAUGGCUAAAUUGCAGGGGCCCCUGGUCUGAACUCUAUUUUAGACUAGUGAUAGAAAGGCCUCUAAUCAAGGGUAGAUAGUGCCUCCAACAGCAUAAUGUAUAGCUAUUACAUACAGCAAACAUGUAAACAGAAACUAUGUAAAAAGUUGAAAGCCAACUUUUUCAUUUGUUGCUCAAAAAGUGAUAUUUCUUGUGAACUGUACAAAUAUUUAAAGAUUUUUUUCUAAUGUAGAGCAUUUUAAUUAUUCUCAUCUAAUAUUAACUCUCUGUGUAACUGCUCUUUUGACCAUGCCUUUGCAGUCUUUUCAGUAUUCAACAUGUUCAAUAACUACUGCUGUAUAUACAUAAUGUAAACUUUUAUUAAUGAAAUAUUUUGACAAGAACUGCUCUUGCGUUGCAAAAAUGUUAUGCUGCACAAUUGCUCAGAAAUGCCUGUAUGUUCAUCAGUAUGAAUAACCUGAUGACCGACAAUAUGUAAAUUGUUUUUAUUAAAUCCAGUGAAACGAGUGUACACUAUACAUGUAUGUUUUAAUUAAACAUGAGAAAUGUA